UAUUUUAACCGUCGUUGGUACAGCUCGACUUCCUGUUGAUAUGCCGAUACUUGUUAGCAUUUGUAAAGUCAACAAACACACAUAUUAAAAACAUUGAUUGACCUGGUAUUGCUGACAGUGCAGCAAAAUGUCAGCCAGAGGUGCAAAGAAGAAGAAGCCCACGUCCAAAUCUGCAAAAGCGGGGGUGCUUUUUCCCGUUGCACGAAUGCGGCGAUAUCUGAAAGGGAUGACCCAUCAUUUCCGUAUUGGAGCUGGUGCUCCGGUGUAUAUGGCAGCUGUCAUUGAAUAUCUGACGGCUGAAAUCCUUGAGCUGGCUGGCAAUGCUGCAAGAGAUAACAAAAAAGGCAGAGUGACUCCCAGGCAUAUUUUACUAGCAGUAGCUAAUGACGAAGAAUUGAAACAGCUUUUAAAACAUGUAACCAUUGCUUCUGGAGGAGUGUUGCCAUGGAUACAUCAUGAGCUUCUCCACAGGAAGCGGGGAGGGAUUCAGUUGAAGCCCCCCACUGCUGCCCAGGAUGGUCCCAGUGCUUCCAAGGCAAAGAAGCCAAAGGCAAAGGUCAUCCCAGCAGCUCUACCCCCACCCUCUCCACCCAAAGGAGGAAAAGCAUCUGCUAAAGGAAAAGCCCUGAAACCCCCAAAGGGAUUCAAACCUUCAGCUGAUGCUGUGGCUGCUACUUCAGCCGGUGGAUUCACUAUCUUAUCGGAAAAGAAACUCUUUCUUGGACAAAAAAUGACAGUUAUUCAGGGUGAUUUGGUAAAAAUAACAGCUGAUGCCAUUGUUCAUCCAACCAGCAGUAAUUUCUUUAUGGGGGGUGAAGUUGGACAAGCUUUAGAAAAAGCUGGUGGCAAGGAUUUUAGGAAAGAACUAGAUGAUUUAAGUAAAGAACAUGGAAACUUAGAUACAGCAGGAGCUGCAAUCUGCCCAGGGCAAAAUUUUCCUGCCAAGUUUGUAAUCCAUGUUAACAGUCCGAAUUGGAGUGGCGGGUCUGGUAACUCGCAGCAACUUUUGGAGAAAGCUGUAAAGAAUGUUCUGAAACUAGCCGAUGAGAAAAAUCUCAAAUCUAUAGCCAUUCCUUCUAUAGGCAGUGGAUCUGCUGGAUUUCCGAAGCAGACAGCUGCACAGAUCAUCUUGAGGUCAAUUAGUAAUUACUUCGUGACCUGCAUGACCAGUUCACUCAAACAAGUCUACUUUGUUCUAUUUGACCCAGAAAGUGUGGCUGUUUACACAAGCGAGCUGGGAAAACUCGACUCUUAGGCUUAACGAAAAUUGAAUGUGUAGCCUUGGAAGAAGUUUUAAAAGUUAAUUAUAGUAGUUAUGUGUGUGGAUCACUCGAUGAAUAUCUUCAUUCUGUGUUGUUUUUUAUCUUUCAAGUUCUGUUCCUAUAUCAAGAGUUAGAAGAGCAUUGUUUGGACUUUCAUGUAUUGUUGACUAUCCAGCCUCUUUAUGAUCUAUUGAGCUGUGUAAAUGUAUUUAGAAUGACAAGUUGAAUUGUCAGCACCCCAGUGCAAGUUACAUAUGUAUUUUUUUUUACAGUCAGUCCUUUUAAUAUCUCAAACUCUAUUGAGCAGAAAACAAAUUUUAACUAUUGAAAAUUAGAAUACAUAUGAAAAUGGUAGUUUGAAAAUCUGAAUUACUGUAAUUCUUACUAAAAUUUGUUGUACAAAUGUACAUGUAUUGACAUUCUUCAAUUUAAAGGGCAAAUUUCAUCUUCAACAACCCCCCCCCCCCCCCCAGCCCCCCCUUUCCCUUUGUUAUUGCUUGAAAAAUUUCAUAUCUAUUCAAAGAGCAAAAAAUUAAAUCUUUUAAUUAGUUAUAUUUUAUUGAUGUCUGUUUUUGUUGAAAUCCUGAUAUGUAUCAAACAUAUGUAUCAAACUCUUUUAAAUGAAUUUAAAAAUAUCUAGAUUGAAAAGCUUUUAAAAAGGGAGGAAUCAACUUUCAUAUCAUCUAUUGAGCACUUGCACCUUUUAUAUUGAAAUCACAUUAUCUCUAUUCUGUACAAAGAGUGGAUCAAGUAUGUUUAUGAGAGAUACAAGGAUUAUCCAAAUCAUCAACAAACAAUAGGCAGCACUUGUACGCUGUGUGAAUGUGUAGAAAGAGAGCAUAUAUUCCAUUCACUUAAUGUAUAAUGCCAUGCAAUCUACCGUAAUGAACGGUCUUUUUCUUGUAACUUUUCCUUGUUCUUUUUCCCUCCGUUAUAAUGUAUUGGUACAUGUACUGAUACUAAGUUUUCAGUGCAAUAAACUACCAAGUUGUUUUUUUUAAAAUUAUUAUUAUUGAAGCAAAAUAUAACUUUAUCAGUAAUUGUUAGAUAGUAUUGUAGUAAUUAACAAUGAAGUGCCACAUUUUUUAAUGUUAAUGCAACCUGUAUUUAGAUUGUUAAGUUUGUCUAAUUAAGUUUUAUGAUAAUAUUUAUUUAUGAAUUCUUUUUAAAGUUUUUCAAAAACUUUCUUUUACUGUGAUGGUUGGGUUGAGGAAUAUUAAUAUUUUAUCACAGGUGUAUUACAAAAAGAUGUUGGUUUUAUUGACUACCGUAUUUAAAUGCUGGCACACAACAUCUCUAAUAUUAUACCUUUUAUCUGUUAGUGUUUGUUCAUAGAAGAAUUUGUUGUGGUGUAUGUGUAGUUUGUUUAUAGAACUCCUGUGUAUACCUAUUAAAUACCGGUUGUUUUAAGUAUGUCAAAUUUUUUUUUUAUUAUUAAUGGUAUUCUUUGGUUUAAGAAUAAGUAUACAUUAAAAGUAUUUAGGCAAUCAUUUGUUAAUUGAUGAUAUAUGUGUUGAUUAGGUUUUUGGGUUUAUGACUUUUCUGGUAUUUCAACAUCUUAUAUUUCUGUUUGUUAUUGUCUUCACAAAUUGAAUUUUUUACUGGCUUUUUUGAAAUUUGAAGCAUUGAGAUUGUAAAACCACGUACUAUUGCAUGAAAAAGUACUUUGUCAUUGUAGUGAAUAAAUGAGAAAUCAAAA